AUGGCAGAUUUCCCCAGUACUAGUAUUAAUCCACCAGUACGUAAUCCUAUUUCAAUUAUCGGCCCUCAAUAUUGCACUCACAAUCAUCCUAUCACUCUGGCCAUAACUGACGGUAAAUAUGUUAAUGAGUUUGUUAUACAAGACAGCAAUGGAAACAUCCUUUUUAACGUGAAAGGUGUGGCGUUUAGUGUUUUUCACCACCGCCGCAUAUUAUAUGAUGCUGCUGGAACUCCCAUUGUCACUAUACAGCGAAAGAUGAAGUCAGCUCAUGAUAGGUGGCAAGUUUUUAGGGGAGAUAGUAAAGAGACCAGUGAUCUAAUUUUUAGUGUUAAACGAUCUUCAAUGUUCCAAUUAAAGCUCAAGUUAGAUGUGAUCUUAGCUAACAACACAAAAGAGGAUUUCUGUGAUUUCAAGCUCAUAGGAGGUUGGCUGGAAAGAUCUUUUGCUGUUUAUGCCGGCGAGUCCUCCACAGCUGUUGCACAAAUUAACAAGACGCACACAGGCCAUGCCUUUUUCAGAAAGGAGACGAAAAUGGUGGUUGUUAAUCCGAACAUAGAUUAUGCAUUCAUAAUUGCACUUAUCGUGACUCUUGAUGCGAUUCAAAGUUCUGUGGGGACGCCGGUGGGUAGAAUUAUUCACUAUCUUCAACCAGAUAAUUUCUUUUCUUUUAUACAGAUAAGGUCAGUUCAUAAGAGAUGGCAAAUUUUCUGGGGAGAGAGUAUAGAAUCUAGGACUCUAAUAUUUAGUGCUAAACGAGCCUCAUUGUUCCAAUCAAAGGACAACGUUAAUGUGUUCUUAGCAAAAAAUACAGAGGAGAGUCUUUGUAAUUUCAGGAUCAGAGGAAAUUGGCUGGACAUAUCUUCUGUUAUUUAUGCCGGAGAGUCCUCCACAAUUGUUGCCAAACUGCAUAAGAAUCGCACGGCUCCAAGAAUCUUGAUUGGGAAGGAGCGUUUCAUGGUGACAGUGUACCCCAACAUGGAUUAUGCAUUCAUUAUUGCCCUCAUUGUGAUUCUUGAUGCAAUUAACUCCGAAGACGAUGCUGAAGACUAUUAUGAAUCCUCAUUCCCUGAAAACCUCAGUCAAACGGUUGAUGUAGCUGAAAACGUCAGUCAAAUGGUUGAUGCAGCUGAAAACCUCAUCAAAUGGUUGAUGUAGAAGAUGUAGCUGACGAUAAUGAUGAUGAAGA